AUGAAUGAUUUCACAUGUGCUUCUAAGGUGUUGCACCUUGUUCCCCAGGCAGAGAAGCAGAUCUUUAACAUAAGGGUGGGCAGACAUCCUGUCUCCAUCUCUGUCCCAGACUCCUGGAGUGACUUCUGGUGUGAACCAUCUGUCUCAGAGAGCCUUAUCUUCAUUUACAAGACAAAAGACCCCAGUCCUGUAUACAAGACAGAGAUCCCCGCACCCAUCUACUCAGACACCUUGAGUGACCCCUGCAGAAGUAGCAGUGACAGCUGCAGGAGGGCCGGCGAAGCAUGGCAACAGAAACUCUGUGUGCAGGUAGGCAGCAUAAAGCCUGAUCACAGCACCGAUCUGUCUAUUACAGUGACUGUCUGCACUUGGACAAUGACGCCAACUCUCCUAUUGUGGAUCCUCAUCCUAAAUGCCCCGCUCGAGCCCUCAGAAAGCCAUGGAAACCAUGGGUUUGAGGAGGCGAAGGACCAUGAGGUGGUUCGCCCCGUCAGACUUCACACUGUCAGAAAAAGACAAGCAGAGAACCUCAGACCACAGGUAAUAAAGUAUGGAAUGACGUUGGGAGGAAAACAUAUUGAAAUGCAACUAGGGAAAAAUGAUGAAUUACUCACCAAAGAUUACACUGAGACUUACUACCACGAGGAUGGGACUCAAGUCACCACAAGCCCUGAUGACAUUGAUCACUGCUACUAUCAUGGGAGGAUUGUGAACGACAGCAAAUCAUCUGUUAGCCUUAGCACUUGUGAUGGACUCAGGGGUUACUUCAGAACAUCUGCCCAGAGGUACUUGAUCGAGGCCCUGUCAGGAGACGAUGAGGGCGAUCACGCUGUGACGACAAUCACAGAGAAGAACUACACUCCUGCAGUGUGUGGUGUCACCAACACCAGCUGGAGUGACGACUUUGAACCCCCAACAAGACGCAGCCGAUCCAGAGCAGGGGGUAUAUCGAUUGUCCAGCAAGAGAAAUACCUUGAGCUCUUCCUUGUUGCUGAUAACCGUGAGUAUGUGAAGAUGAAGCGAGAUAUGACAGCACUGAGAAAGAAGCUAUUUGAAGUUGUCAACUUUGUCAACAUGGCCUAUAAGCCCCUGAGGACCUGUAUUGCUCUGGUGGGAAUCGAGAUCUGGUCCAACGGUGACUUGAUCAGUGUGACCCCCCCGGCCGAGGCCAACUUGAAUGCUUUCAUGAAGUGGAGGAACUCUGAGCUGGUCAAGAGGAAGAAGCAUGACAACGCACAUCUCAUCAGUGGCAUUGACUUUGAAGGAUCAACUUUGGGAAAGGCUUAUGUGACCCUUUGCUCUAGUCACUCUGUUGGGGUGUUACAGGAUCACAAUGACCAGGCCAUUGCUGUGGGAGCUACACUGGCUCAUGAGAUGGGCCACAACCUGGGCAUGCACCAUGACGACUCCAGUGCCUGCUCUUGUUCUGCCGACAGCUGCAUCAUGGCUGGAUCCCUCAGCUCGUACAUUCCUCGCACUUUCAGCAGCUGCAGUGGCAACAACUAUGAAAAGUACCUGAAAGACCACAGCCCCAGCUGUCUGCUGGACAAACCAGACUACAGGACUGCCGUCUGUGGGAACGGCUUCAGGGAGGAAGGAGAGCAGUGUGACUGUGGCACAGUGGAGGUGUGUACCAAUCCAUGUUGCAACGCUACCACCUGUGCUCUGAAGGACGGCUCACAGUGUGCCAGGGCAUUACAGGGAAUGUACGUUUUAUUUUUAUGGCACUUUUUUUAUAUUAUAGUCUAAGGGGUUGCUGCAGCUAGAAACAGAAGCAGCUCUGGCCUUAAUGUGAGCCAUGUAAAU